UUUGUGUUUUUCCUCUCAAUUUUGACUCUUUUUGUUCAAAUCUGGAGAGUGCUUUCAGAUCUGGGUUCAGAUCCGUGACUUGGCGUGUUGCAACGACAGUGAACGGUUGUGUGUGGGCUGUGGCGGAAUUGAAGGAUGAGGUUUGGUAGUUCCAUUAGCGAUUUAGGGAUGGUAGGUGGCAAAAUUGAAAAGUUGCUCAGUCAGGUUCGCCUUCCCAUGGAUGCAAAUGCCUUUCUUCCCUUGAUAUUGAUAUGGAAACCAUAUGAUUCCCAGGUCGGAAAAGCUAUGGUUGGUGGGAAAGAUAUUUUCUUGGCAAAGGUUUCAUGCAGGGGUGAUUGGUGUUAUGGAUACGCCGAUGGAUCCUUUCCCUCUGCAUGCCAGUUAAGAGUCCCUCUGGAUAGACAGAGCAUUGUAGUGUCGGGAGACACUACAUCGCCAAGUCCAUUGAUCUCAUAUGCUAGAGAGCCUGCUCUUAAAAGCUGCAACCGGCUUAAACCGGCUUUGGUGAAAUGGAAGUGCAGAGAGCCGGCUCUGGAAGUUGCAACCGGCUCUACGAGUAAAGAUUUAAAGGUCCGUUGUUUGGCGCGAGCGGAGAAAAGACGCAAAGCCGGCUCCAACUUUGCAGCCGGCUUGAGUGAUCUUGGGGGUGUGUUGAUUCCUUCAAGAGUGAUCUGUAGAGAGGAUCUUUGGGGUUUAAGUGUAAAGGGGUGAGAUUUGAAAGAAACCCUUUUUCUUGUAAAGGAUUGAGUGGCUCCUUUAAACCACCAUUGUUUUUGUUAGUGGAGAGUGUGGAGGAAAUCCUUGGUUCUAAGGUUUUGUGAUAUAUCCUUGUCAAUGUUUUAAUGGUAAACUUGGCCCAUGACCAUGUGCAGCAUCCUUAGGUUCUAAGGUUUUGUGAUAUAUCCUUGUCAAUGUUUUAAUGGUAAACUUGGCCCAUGACCAUGUGCAGCAUCCUUAGGCUUUAAGGUUUUGUGAUAUAUCCUUGUCAUAUUUUGGUUUCAUCUCAUUUUUCAGGUGAUGAUGGACCAGCUUCAAAUGAAAUGCUUUAUUGGAG